AUGCCUCCCCCGUCUCCUCGGCCCGGAGCCUUACUUGACGAGAACCCCCCUCUAUCCGACCAAGAUGUCGGUCUCCUCUACCAGAUCAUUACCCGCGCGGAACAGAAGCCCGAUGUCGAACGCCUGCCAUUUCGUGCUGUCUUCUCAGCCUACGACGAAGUCAUUGCCGACCAUGGCGUCGAGGCGGAUGAGGGCCAAGUCUGCUUGCGCUUCUUGUUUAAGAUGGGCAACAAAGGCCUGCGCGGGGACUCACUCUUUGAGAAGUUCGAGGAAUUGCUCGCACAGAUGGGAAUCGUCUUGGAACUGGGUGACAGUGACAAUGACAAUGAAACCCGCAGCUACCACGCGAACCAUGUUGGUAGUGCCAUCGAUGGUGGAGAGAGCGGGACCGUUGAUCGGGAUACGACGCACAACAGAGGCCGUCGGAGACGAGCCUCGUUCAAUUCCAUGUAUGAUGUCGGGGAUAAUCCGACAGAGAGGAGUAUUGCCUGGCGUCCUAGCUCGCGGUCUUCGAUGUCACGACUGCAGAGCAAUGGCAAGAGAGGAAAUUCUCCAGACAGAACCCAGCUCCUGGCACAUUUCUUGGAGGCCGGGCGUAGGCUGAUGAGCAGACUGGAUUCGAAGAACGGCGAUAAGCGUAAGCAUGGAAAGACGCCGUCUGUUAAUCGAGAGCGCGAGCGCGAGCAAUUAAAUGCCGUCGUGAAUGACAUAAAUGGCAGCAGACAUUCACGAUCUCGACGCUCCCGUGUCUCGAGCGGUUCAGGAACUUCAAACGAAGGAGAAGAUAUCGAUACGCUUGUCGAUGAUGUCGAUGAUGAACAUGCGUCCAUCGAAAAAGAAGACUUCCCGCCAGAGAUGGUUUACAGACCAACUCUUUCCCAGCUGUUGCGCGAUGCGUCUACUUUCGACAUGUACCGCCGGCGAGCUAACGCCCGCCGGAUCCUCACACAGUGGCUGAAGAAGGCGAUUCAGUUGCAGCAGAGCCAUCGCAAUAUGGAAGCCGUGGCUAUCAACAGGGACCGCCUUACCCUUCUCCGCCAGGCCUUCGAUUCGUGGCUUGGUGUUCUGAGGGAACGAAACCAUGAAGCUCAAACAGAACGCUUUUUCAGACACCUGGAGGAGCGAGCUGGGAGAGCCAGAGAUCUAUAUCUCAUGACCAAGGCGUUCACACAUUGGGCGCAGGUCACCUCUGAUGAAGUCGCAAAAACAUCGGCUGCAAGAAAACACAUCCUACGUGUAAAAUACUUCAACGCGUGGCGCGAAAUCACUGCGGUCAACGAGCUGAAGGCUCAACGUUUCGGCUUAAAAAGACCACUGACCUUGUGGAGACGCAAACUGCAGGACGUCCGGGCCAACGAGGCCACUGCAGCUGCGUUGUACAAUAAAAAUCUCAAGAAAAGGAUCUACUGGAAAUGGUUCUGGAACUUUUGCGACAGGCGUGCGCCUCAGUGGCAUGAUUUUUGUCUGAAGAGACGAUCUCUCAUAUAUUGGAUCCGAUCACUGAGAACCCAGAGGGACCACGAACAGGAGAUCGACGAAAGGAAUAAACGCUACCUUCUUGGAUCAGCGCUACAGGCCUGGUCUGAGAAAUCCAAGCGGACCCUUUCUGCUCAACAGGAAGCGGACGCAAGGCAAAGACACAAAGUGCUGCAAGAGAAUUUCGAUGAAUGGCAUGUACAGGCUCGUUUGGCGCCCGCUGCCAAUCGAGUCACAGGCAUGGUCGACAAACGGCUCCUGGAGACUGCAUUUGACCAGUGGACGCAUCGUCUUGGUAUGCUCGAGCAAGCAAAAGAACUGGACCGGACAAGACUGCUGCGCAACGCUUGGGUUACGUGGAACGAUCUGCUGCGCUGUCAAGCGCUCAAUGCACGCAUCGAAGAACGUCUCAAGGUGGAGACGAUGUAUAAAUGGGUCUUGGCAGAGCGAUUUCGUCUUAUGCAGAGGAUUCACGAGCAGCGGAUCACGCAGGAAGCGUUUGCUUCGUUCGUCACGAAUGCACGUGGCAUGUCAUCUCGAUUACUCCAGCGAGAGCAGGAGUUCCGAGGUCGACGAACGCAGAAGUUGCUUCGGACAAAGUUGACCUGCUGGUACGACCAGUUGGUCCGCCAGCGCCAGCGCGAGCUCAUCGCAUUUGAAUUCUAUGCUCCACGACUCGAGCAAGAAUCCCUUGCUUUGUGGAAGUGUAAACAUGAGCAGAUAGUGAAGAUGGAGGGAUGGGCUCGAGACGCCCGGUAUUAUUUCUUAGCGACGAAAACAGUCAAACGGUGGAAGACUGCCACCUUGGAGUCGGCCAAGAAGCGUCGUCGGGAUGCAUAUGCCAAGAUCAGGAGAAAGAUCAAGAUCAAUCUGGCGUCAAAUGCCCUGACAGCUUGGAGAUCGAAAACCCAGCACGCCAUGGAUCUGGAGCAGCAAGCUGCAGGCGUCGCUAUGGACAAGACACAGAGGAUUGCAAUAGAGCUGUUGGAGCGCUGGCAUGACAAGGCCGCGAAGAACAUGCAAGAUCAUCGCGAUGCUGACAUCUACUACAACCGACAGAUUGCCUAUCACAAGUUGGCGCGAUGGGUGGAGAUUUUCAACAAGAACCGUACUAUUGAGGAGAGAGCUAUGCGUUUGGAGCAUGUACGCACCUUAGGGUUGGCAUCCCAGCAGCUUCGCAAACUCAGUCUUCGCAUCUUCCAGCUCCGGAGCCACAUAGAGACGGCGGACGCUAUGAGGGAGCGGAAUCUCAGAAAGCACUUCAGAAAUAUUUUCUGGCAUUGGGUCGACAAGGCGCGAAUUACCCAGCAAGCCAGGAGCCAUCUCUCUGGGCCUACAGCGACGGAGACCAACGGGUCAACGUCAACGGUCACUGAGACGAAGGACAACAGCCCGUCUCCCUUUGAUCGCUGGCCUGAAAUGGAGACUGCUUUCAACUUCAGCGAGUUGCUAGCAACUGCUGAGAAACCACCACCAAUCAGUCCCUUCAGCUUCGCUACUCCUGGAUAUCUGGGUUCACCAUCGAAACGGGCUGCCCGAGCACGGGCCCUUGCGCAACUAUCGACAACACCCGCUACCCCGUUACGCACGCCUUUUGCCGCUCGUCUGAGAGCUGAACUGGAAGAUGCGAAGGUGGGGUCUGGUCGACGCGGAGGCACCAGCACCAACAGGAGGAGUUCACUGGGAACCAGUGUUCGUUUUGUCGAUGUAGAACCAGAGUCGCCUACGGAUGGCAGAAGAUCGGCCAAUAAGAGGAGUUGA